AGAGCGAGCGGCGCCGGCGUCAUGUGACUGCCCAGAGUUGGUGCCAGGAUCCAGGAGCGGAGCCGGGGCCGAGCCGGAGCGCAGAGCGAGCGCCUGCCGCACGCGCGCCUGUCCUCGUCCCUGUCCCCUGCGGCCACCGCCGCCGACCGACCGGAGCGCUGACAUUACUGCAUUCUCGGGGUUCAAGGAAGCCGGGAUCCGGGCCUUUAUUUCUUGUCUGCUGCGCUCAGCACCACUGCUCAUAAAGCUGAACACCAGAGCACCUUAGAAGGUUUAACCAAAAGAAUGCUAAUGUUUGACCCAGUUCCUAUUAAGCAAGAGGCCAUGGACCCUGUCUCGGUGUCCUACCCAUCCAAUUACAUGGAGCCCAUGAAGCCGAACAAGUAUGGAGUCAUUUACUCCACACCUUUACCUGAUAAGUUCUUUCAGACCUCGGAAGGCCUGUCGCAUGGAAUACAGAUGGAGCCAGUGGACCUCACUGUGAACAAGCGGAGCUCACCACCCUCAGCUGGGAAUUCUCCUUCCUCCCUGAAAUUCCAGUCGUCACACCGGAGAGCCUCGCCAGGGUUGAGCAUGCCUUCUUCAAGCCCACCGAUGAAAAAAUACUCACCCCCUCCAGCUGGGGUGCAGCCCUUCAGUGUGCCGCUGUCCAUGCCUCCCGUGAUGGCCGCUGCACUUUCCCGGCACGGGAUCCGAAGCCCAGGAAUCCUGCCCGUCAUCCAGCCCGUCGUGGUGCAGCCUGUUCCAUUUAUGUACACCAGCCACCUCCAGCAACCGCUCAUGGUCUCCUUGUCAGAGGAGAUGGAAAAUUCAAACAGCAGCAUGCAAGUACCUGUAAUUGAAUCAUAUGAGAAGCCUAUAUUACAGAAAAAAAUUAAAAUAGAGCCUGGGAUCGAACCGCAGAGGACAGAUUAUUAUCCUGAAGAAAUGUCACCCCCUUUAAUGAACUCAGUGUCCCCCCCGCAAGCACUGUUGCAAGAGAAUCACCCUUCGGUCAUAGUACAGCCAGGGAAGAGACCUUUACCUGUGGAGUCUCCAGACACUCAAAGGAAGCGGCGGAUACACCGAUGUGACUAUGAUGGCUGCAACAAAGUGUACACUAAGAGCUCUCACUUGAAAGCACACAGAAGAACACAUACAGGAGAAAAACCCUACAAAUGUACAUGGGAAGGCUGCACAUGGAAGUUUGCUCGGUCUGAUGAACUCACAAGACAUUUCCGGAAACAUACUGGAAUCAAACCUUUCCAGUGUCCAGACUGUGACCGCAGCUUCUCCCGUUCCGACCAUCUUGCCCUACAUAGGAAACGCCACAUGCUAGUUUGAAGGGCUCCGUCUCCCGCCUCAACGUGACUCCCCACUUUCCUGGCUCUCUCUCUGUCCUCCCUUCCAUUGUCUAACUCAUUUUUUACAUGUACAUUUUAAUUUUGAUUCAGCUGGUCUGAAUCUCUGAAUUUAUAUCAUUCAAAACUUCCAUAUGGUCAACAGUAGAUGUGCUCUAAUCCUCCCUCUCCUUACCACGGGUCAGACCUAAAGAAUGUGAACACUUUUUCUUUUUUUUUUUCCGGGGAUGCUAAGCAAACCCUUCUUACAGAUAUGUUUAAUGUACUGAGAACAAGGGAACUUGUAAACUAACAUAACUAGUUGUCAGUUUUUCCGUGUAUUCCUCAAAAGAAUGUCCAAGUAAAUGUAUUAGAAAUACGGUAUCCAGCCUGCUAGUCCUUGCCAGAGACAUUCGUAUCUAUGUGCCCUGUGAUCACGUUGUGCGCUCGACAGUGAGGAGAAUGGUGGACCUUUUUCAACACUGGUUAGCUAGACGUGCUGCAAGGUGUCAAGUAGUACAGUCAACACUUCCAUUGUGCUCCACGAAUCUUGCUUGUCAACCCGGAUUUAUCACUGCAUCUAAAUUAAGGCUUUUACCCUCCAUUGUGCCUGCAGUUUAUAUGGAGGUCUUUUCC